AUGGUUGGGGAGCCUGUAUGUCCAGCUCAGCCCCUGCUGCGGGGCUGGGGAGCAGUGCUGCUGUCCCAGUGCUUGUCCUCCGUGUUCUCCCAGGUCCCGGAUCCUGCGCUAGCGUCUACAGAGCCCCCUCCGAAGCCGGACCCCGUGACCUCAGAGACCGUCGUUUUCUGGGGGCUCCGGUUAUGGCAGGUCAUUGGCAUCUUUGCCAUGUUUGGUUUGGCAGUUGUUAUCACCCUGUGCUGUAUAUUCAAAUGUCGAAUCCCGAGAACCAAAAAGGAAAUCGAGGCGCGAAACCAGCAAAGGCAGGCCGCCAAGAAAUACGCCAACACAUUAGAGACAGUGCCACCUCUGAACGAGCUGACUGAGAUCCCAGGAUCUGCGAAAGUAGAAGAAAAGGAAGAGGUGACGACCGUGUCUGGGAAAGUGGAUGCUGAUAAAGGAGAGAAGAAGACCAAGGAGGGCAAGAAAGAAGGCAAGGGUGCCAAAGAGGGGAAAGGAGAUGAAAACGAUGCACCAACAAAGAAGAAGGGUGAGAAAGGUGAAAAGGGAGCAAGCAAGAAGGAGGACGCAGACGGGAAAGGGAGGAAAUCUGGAGAGAAAGGGGACAAGGGGGAGAAAGGAGGUAGAGGGGGUGCUAAGGAGGGAGCUAAAGGGGGGGCUAAAGGGGGAGCUAAAGGGGGGGCGAAGAGGGCUCAAAAGUGA